AUUUGCAGCUCCUACUGAGAGCAGCGUUAUUGGCGGGUCGAAGGAGGACAAGGGGUGAUUGAGGUCCACGGCCAUCGGCGGUCUCCGAGGUCUCUCCGGGGGACACGCGUAUCACAGCCUUGUUGCGCCUUGUUGCAGCCACCCCUUUGAAUACUCUCUGCUCAUUGCCUGUCGCUUAUCCAGUCAAUUUAUCUCUUACUUCCAUCAUGCACACAAGCGAAUACGACUACCUCUUCAAGCUCCUCCUCAUUGGUGACUCUGGUGUCGGCAAGUCUUGUCUUCUCUUGCGUUUUGCGGACGACACAUAUACGGAAAGCUACAUCAGCACUAUCGGGGUUGACUUUAAGAUUCGAACAAUUGAACUCGAGGGGAAGACGGUGAAGCUGCAAAUCUGGGACACCGCUGGACAGGAACGUUUCCGGACUAUCACAUCCUCAUACUAUCGUGGCGCGCAUGGCAUCAUUGUUGUUUAUGACGUUACUGAUAAUGACACGUUCUCAAAUGUCAAGCAAUGGCUUCAAGAGAUUGACCGUUAUGCAUCAGAGGGCGUCAACAAACUCCUGGUUGGCAACAAGUCGGACUUGACCAGCAAGAAGGUGGUGGAAUAUUCUGUGGCCAAGGAAUUUGCCGACACUAUUUCCAUCCCCUUCUUGGAGACAUCAGCCAAGAAUGCUACCAAUGUCGAGCAAGCAUUCUUGACUAUGGCAAAACAGAUCAAGGACAGGAUGGGGUCAACUUCCACACCGGCGGGCGGAUCCAAGUCGACGGGUGUUCCCAUUGGACAGAAUGUGCAACAGCAACAAUCCGGAAGCUGCUGCUGAGCGGUGAAUGCCCGAAUAGAGU